AUGCUUGCGGCUAUCACCAACGGCACAGCAGCUGGGAUAAGCGCCGUCCCUGGGAUUAAGGGCACCGUCGAGGCAGCUGUAACGAAUGGCCUCAAGACUGCUUACGCCACCCACCAUCUCCAAUAUCCCAAGGUCAAUUCAUCCCAACGUCUCGCAUAUCUACGAAGAACCAAAGACCAAGGCGAAGGUCUUGGCGUGAGAGCCGCCAUAACGUUCGUCCUGCACCAUCUUUCCCUUCGUGGCAUUCUUAGGCCGCAAAUUGAACUCGUGCUCAACGUCGGCGCGUGUGUGGCGGAGCUCCAAAAGCUGGCAGAGGGGGUUAAAAAGGAAUCCCUGUCGUUCAUCAACCUGUGCAAGUGGCGCCCCCUUAACCACAUGGAGAUCAACGCCAUUGGCUAUUUCUGGAAGAGUUUUGGAGAUUCUAUGCAGAUCGAGUACAAGGGAUACCUCUCUAUAGACAUGUGGAAGGACGGCAUCGAGUUUGUCGGGGACAUCACUAUCUAG